GCAUAUGCAGACGUAUAUAUAUAUUUAGAGAGAGAGAGAGAGAGAGAGAGAGAGAGAGAGAGAGAGAGAGAGAGAGAUGGGGAGCUUGGAACAAGUUAAUGGGGAAAGCAACCCCAUGGCAGCUUUUGAUGUGAAGAAGGAGACUCCAACCAACAACACGCUUGAAGGCUUUGAUCUUGAAAAUCAAAAGCAACAGAAACCUGCAUGGAGAACCUUUUUUUCAUACGUCGGCCCUGGAUUCCUCGUGUCGAUGGCUUAUAUUGACCCCGGCAAUUUGGAAACUGACUUGCAAGCCGGAGCUAACAAUGGAUUCGAGCUACUCUGGGUGAUCCUUCUCGGGAUGAUCUUCGCCCUCAUAAUUCAAUCGCUUGCUGCAAAUCUUGGCGUAAGCACUGGAAAACACCUAUCGGAAUUAUGCAAGGCCGAGUACCCUAUAUUUGUGAAGUAUUGCCUCUGGCUGUUGGCAGAAGCAGCCGUCAUAGCAGCCGAUAUUCCUGAAGUUAUUGGGACAGCAUUUGGCUUAAAUAUAUUGUUUCACAUACCAGUCUGGGCAGGAGUCCUUCUCACCGGUUUGAGCACUCUCCUACUGAUUGGCCUUCAGAGAUAUGGGAUUAGAAAGCUGGAAUUGUUCGUAGCAAUUAUGGUGUUCAUAAUGGCUUCAUGUUUCUUCGGGGAAAUGGCUUUUGUGAAGCCUCCUGCUGCUGAUUUGUUUAAGGGACUGUUUAUUCCUAAGCUCAGUGGCCAAACUGCCACCGGAGAUGCCAUUGCCUUAAUUGGCGCCCUUAUUAUGCCCCAUAACCUCUUUCUCCACUCAGCUCUGGUGCUCUCCAGGAAGAUACCAAAUUCUGUCCGUGGCAUAAAGGAAGUUUGUCGGUUCUACUUGAUGGAGACGGGUUUUGCCUUGUUUGUGGCAUUAUUGAUAAAUAUUGCAGUCACCUCAGUAUCAGCAACUGUUUGUUCAGACCCAAGCCUCUCGAGUCAAUGCAAUAACGUCACUCUAAACUCUGCCUCUUUCCUUCUACAGAAUGUGCUUAAGAAAUCAAGUUCAACCAUUUACGGCAUCGCGUUGCUAGCUUCGGGACAAAGUUCAUCUAUCACAUGCACCUAUGCUGGACAAUUUAUCAUGCAGGGUUUCUUGGAUCUGAAAAUGAAGAGAUGGCAAAGAAACCUUAUGACAAGGACCAUUUCCAUUGCACCAAGUCUAAUAGCCUCGCUAGUCGGUGGACCUGCUGCAGCUGGCAAUUUAAUCAUAAUUUCAUCGAUGAUACUAUCAUUUGAACUUCCAUUUUCUCUGAUUCCACUCCUUAAAUUCAGUAGCAGUACCAGCAAGAUGGGACCGUAUAAGAGCUCAAUAUAUAUUAUCGUGAUCUCGUGGAUCAUGGGGCUAGCAAUCAUUGGCGCAAACAUUUACUACCUCAGCACAUCGUUCGUUGGGUGGAUGAUUCACAGCACUCUGCCGAAAGCCGCAACCAUUUUCAUCGCGAUCAUAGUGUUUCCAAUGAUGGUCAUCUACGUAGCCUCCGUGAUUUACUUGAUGUGGCGUAAAGACACGGCUGUGACAUACAUCGACACAACGAAGAACGACCCGACCGUUCACUCCAGCACGGAGGACGGGGAAGACUCCAGUGUUCCUUACAGGGAGGAUUUGGCUGAUAUCCCACUCCCUGAGUAAGGUUCAGAGUGGUGCCAAGAAUAUCUUCUAUUUCUCAAGUGUGAAGCCCUCAAAAAAUUGAAUUUUAAGGCCUCGUUUGGUUCUUCUGGAAAGGAGACUUGAAACCAGUGUCUUCUGGAUCGCAAUUAAGGGAGCAAGUCUAGUUUGUACCAUAUGUUGAAUGUUGCUUAACGUUUCUGUAUCAAUCGUUUCCAUGUAUGCUGAGCAAAAAAAUCAAAAUCAAAAUCAUUUCCAUAUAUGUAUAUAAUAAAUGUGUUUUGGUGCAA